AUGGCGCCAUUACUUAUGCAUAGGGACGAUGCCUUCCAAGCACCAGAAGACCAGGCACAAGUUCUUGUUCCCAAAGACGAGAAGUCGGAUACUCUGUCGUCGUGGAUGAUUGUUGUCAUCAUUAUCGGAGUUCUAGCGGUGGUGACAUCUGUGAUCUUUACCGUGCUCUACUUCGUGAGAAGACGCCGAUUUGCUCAAGAGGAUCGAAAUCUCCCCAUUAUCAGCAGCCAGCAAGAUCUCGUGCAGACGAGAAGGAAAAUGAGCGUAGCAGAUCGCGUGGAGGCGGAGGAACUGGAAAGAGCCUUGAUGAUCCGGAAGUCGCUGGCCAGCCGGUCUUCGACUUUCAGUUCCUUCAGUGCCCAGAACCCCAGAGACCCGGACAGCGCCCGAAGCUCUCGCAUACUUGACGACAAAUUCGUCGAGGAGACCGAAGAGAACUACAACAUGGCAUCAAAUGAAGACUGGAAGCAGUGGGAAGCCCAGGCACAGGCGGAGAGGAGAAACUCGGCCUUGCUCGACCCUGCGCUGCAAGGCAGCGGGCAUCCAGCUCUAUCACACGAACUACAAAACAUAACAGUCCCUCAGAGAUCAAGAGCACCAUCCCCAGCCCGAAGCGUGAGGGCCUUACGGCACACUGCGCCGCUGCCUUCAAUGCCCGGACCGUCGUCCAGAGGUCCAUCGAGGUUAUCACGGUCAGACACACCCUAA